AGCUGGCUUGAGUCGGUGAAAAUUGAAGCAUCCAAGGCUUACCUCGCUAUUAGUACUUCUCGUUGCCACCGCCCGGCAAUCGGCGCGACAAGACGUGCUCCCAAAUGCCCGUAUUUACCAAUUUACAGCUGAUUAGCAGAGUGUUGCAGAAGAAGGGGGGCAACUCGGUGAACUUCAAGCGUGUUACGUUUUCGUUGUCGGAGCAAAUCAUAUCGGUCGAAAAAUGAGUGGAAAUCUUCGGAGGCAGUUGCAAAUGCAAAGACUGAUGAUUUCAGGUGCUCGGGACGUUUAAAAAAUUGCAUCGAACGCGCAUGAAUACAUUUCAAGACGACAAAUAUGCUUUGGAAGCAACAAGAAACAAAAUAAAUGAAGAGUACAGAAAAUGCAAGGAUGUUACAGAUGAAAAUAAAAUUGCAGAAUUAAAUGAGUUCGCUUUGGCAGUUGAACGAGAGGUGCGAACUACAAUUGUCCAGGCUAGAGAAGUAGAGCCAGGAAAGUUUGCACUUCGCGUUAAUACGGACACAGAGAAAUUAGACAAUGCGACACUUGAUGCAGCUGGAUGUUUCACCAGCACUCAACGAAAACCUAGUUCGGACUUCAAAAAAUGUUCCGACACUACAAAUACAUCCUGAAUCGAUAUAGAUGGAUCAUAAUGUAAAUUAUAUUGGCGCAUAUUGAUUUUUAAUAAUAUGUUGCAUUCAUGUACAGUGUAAUGUAGAUAGAUCGAAUAAACAUAUCUGUAUUGAUGUAUCAUAAAGAA